AUGCUGAAGGAGUACAAACGAACAAGUAAUGAUACUAUCGUGGAGAGCACGUUACUCGGAGUAGGUCGAGAAACGUGGGGACUGAGACGAUCACUGGCACGCAGACGUGACCUUUUGAACCUGAGUCUGACACUGGGAACUCCCGCCUUAAGGGUUUCCGGACAGGGUAAUGAUGAACAGCGUGAGUUGCCGAUCGCAAGAUCAGUCCAAAGCAGGAGCCGUGGCGAUGGACCAGAGAGAUUGAGUUUUCGGGCCUUGCGGUGUGCAGAUGACGGCGUGGCAGGUGCUGAGCGUUUCAAGAGCAGCGUAAAAGUGUGGAGAAGUCUUGCUAGGAGCGGGCGCAGGGGCGGUCCGCGGUGUGGUUUCGGAUCGGAUUCCAAAUGUUACUGGCUGGCUGUCGGAGGGGUGAGACCAGCAACAAAGCAGAACGACGAUUUGGAAUUGACGGGCAUCAAUUGGGGAGGGCUGAUUGAUAAAUUCGCGUGCUUGGAAUUCACGUCCGAAUCACAGAGCCCACCACAACAUCCCGGCGCACUACGUGCAGGUGCAGACCGUGCAGGGCAUCAAGCGCCGCUAACACAAGGAUUUCCGGAGGCUGCUUUUGGGAUGGGAGAUAUUGGUCAAAGCUCCUCACUCCCACUGGCACCCAACUUGGAGGCCGUGAAGACGCCGACAAAGAAAGGCGCCGCUGUCCGCUAUAAGCCCAAUCGCAGAAACUCAGCGUUCGAGCGGCCUAGCAACGCCAAAGCAGCAAAACCACGGGUGAUGCGCCUGGCAGCCCACCGUCGCCCCCGGCAUCAAACCAUUCAUCAUCUCGCCGUGUGGCUGGCGCGGAGAGCGAAUCAAGACGCGGUGGAGGCGGGAGGCAGGGUGGGUCUUUUUGCCUUUUGUUUUGGCGUGCCGCCACUUGUCUGCCGCCUUGUCAUGGCCUCCCAAACAGGGCCUAGCGAAUUCACUCCCAAGCACUCACUACCCGUUUGGGCUACUCGACGGCCGCUAAAUCCCGAUUUUGAACAGCGCCGCGAUUUAGGGAGAUUUGACCUUAAUUCUCCGGUAUCAGAAGUGCUUUCAGCAGGCGUGCUGAAGCUCAACGGCUUGCAGAGCGUUGAAAAGAGGUGGUGCUGGAAGCGUAAUUGCUGUUUGGGACGAUGCGCGCGGUGUAUCCACGACCGAAAGCAAUCCCGUUCUACCCUCGAGCCUCUUGAGCGAGCACCACGGCAGCCCGAAGUGAAAUUAGCCUCCCCUGAGAAAUUACUUCAACUAGCCCGAUUUUGUAGCUUAACCAGAUUGUUAUGCUCGCUCUGGGCCACAGCCCGCUCCAUUGCGUGUGGACAAGAUGGUGGGCUGCUGUCGUACCUGCUUCGAGGAGCGCGACCAGCGCAUUCCGCUCUUGGGGCUGAGCGCGUCCGCCCGCCAGCCAAUUACCGCGGCGAAUACUUGGCUACAGAUUCCUCCCCCGAGCUACAUGAUGUCAAGUCGCUGGCCACGAACCAUGUUGAUGCCGAGCGCGUCCCGGUACGUGUUCCCGACAAGCCAGGUGACAGCAUCGCUUGGACGGAGAAAGUCUUUGUGCUGUGUGCCGCUUGGAGCUUACAACGAGCUAGCUUUUACAGCCUUAUUGCGGAUGACGACGAAGCUACAAUUUCUGCUGACACGACGUGGUGGGAUAAGAGCGAGGAACCGGCAGGCUUGUUGGAAAGACGCCCUGAUGUCGUCACUGGAGCUGAGUUGCCUCACUCCGCCCUUGGCGCUGCACCCUGGGUUGCCGCACGGGCCCUAGUCAAAAGAGCACUAGUUGGCUGCUGCACAGGGCUUGUUUGGGUUGCAUGCAAGAUGACGCUAUGGGAUAAGAGUGGUCGAGGGGGGACGGGAGAUACAUCAAGAACCAUCAAUCACCGUCGCCCUGUGCACUGGUCGUAUCUGGCUUGGCAGACUUCCUUUGUUUCUAUCGACCCUCAUCCGACCCUCCAGAGCCAGUCAGGUUACUGUCCCCAACUCCCAUCUCACCACUGCGGUCCGGCAUCUUUUGCAGCGGCUGUGAGUGGCUGGGUUUUGGAGCCGGAGGGCCGCCUUGCAUUUGCACUGCACGGAGUCAGGUCCUCCCUGCCCUCUUUCUCCGCUGGUGUUUUCAUGCAGGGCUGCCGGAGGCUUGUCGAUGCUCAACGUUUGCCUCACAUUGAUGCUCACUCGCUUGUUGCCUCGCGCCUCCCUGUAUCACCCUAUUGCAUUCCGGCAUCCGCUCUCCAGCAAUUAUCGGCUGCUCGUGCUAAAAUGGCGUGUAAAGCUAGUGCAGGAAGGUCGAUGCAAGUGCGGGCCACACUUCCUGUGACUUUUCGAAGCCAUGUACAUCUUGAAGCUCCUCCUCGCCGACCAAAGAUCCAAGCCCAAGUAUUUCCCAGGGUUGCCGUGCUUGGCACUUCCCUGAGUUUGGCCGUUGCCUUUUUGUUAUCCUUCAGGCUCACUCCAUGUCGGCCAAGAUUUUUCUGCACAUCUUAUUCCCGACACAACAAAAUUCUAGAAUCCCCAUUCUUAAAGAUUUCCAAAAAAAUUAAUUUUUGUUUUCAAGAGGGCGUCCACGAAUGGUCCAUCUUAUUCCCGAACCCGAACAUGCAAAAGACUGACUUUUUGAAAAUAUCAAAAAGGAAGGGUGCCAAGCAGUGUCGGGAAGUCAUGUGGCGAAAUCACGGCGAGAAGAGCUCGAAGGCGCGAGGAAAAGCUGUCAGGCAAUCUAAUCGUUUGUUUCCUGGGAAAUUGGUACAAGUGUUUAGUUGUAUUGGCCACUUGCUCAUUGUUCAUCCGCAGCUUCAGGAGCUUGAACCUCACAUCAACAAACUUUCGCAACACCAGGACAUUAUUGGCACCCGCCAACGACUCUGCGCGAAAUUCAGGGACCGUGACCAUCGUGCUACGCUCAAUUCUGAGUCUAAUUUGAUGUUGUCUGGUGCGGCUAAUCCCAAGUCGUCGAAGAACAUCUUACGAGAAUGGACUUCUCCAGGGCCAACCAACGAAGACCUUGUCGUGACUGCUUGGACUCUAACAGCGCUGCGCCAAACUGUCUUGGAGGUCGGUGCCAAUAAAGUGAGGCUGCGCGGCCGCCGACCUGCACUAUCUAACCAUGAACACCUCCUGGUUUCUGAUAUCAGAGCCACUUUAUCAUAA